CAGCAUAUCAGCCGACCACGCUGCGCACCUGGCGCACUUUAUCGCUUCCCUCUCUCUCUCUCUCGCGUCAGCGCUCUUUCACUUCUUCGUCUUCCUUUCCUACUCCCUGUCUACCUUUCUCUCCACCUUCUUCCUUUCCUUCUCCUCUUCCGUGCUUCUUCCAGAAGCUUCUAGGGUUUCCGAGAGCAUGGCCACUAUGGAGAGCUUGAUCGGCCUGGUGAAUCGUAUCCAGAGGGCCUGCACUGCGCUCGGCGACUACGGCGGCGGCGACACCGCCUUCUCCUCCCUCUGGGACGCGCUUCCCUCCGUCGCCGUCGUCGGUGGACAGAGUUCUGGAAAGUCUUCAGUUUUAGAGAGCAUAGUUGGAAGAGACUUUCUUCCUAGAGGAUCUGGGAUUGUCACAAGGAGGCCUCUGGUGUUGCAACUUUACAAGAUAGACGAGGGGCUGCAGGAAUAUGCUGAGUUUUCUCACCUGCCUCGAAAGAGAUUCACUGAUUUUGGCAUGGUUCGCAAGGAAAUCCAGGAUGAAACUGAUAGGGUGACAGGAAAGACAAAACAGAUCUCCCCUAUUCCAAUCCAUCUUAGUAUAUACUCUCCAAAUGUUGUCAACUUAACUUUAAUUGAUUUGCCUGGUUUGACUAAAGUUGCGGUUGAGGGACAACCAGAAAGUAUUGUCAAAGACAUUGAAGACAUGGUGCGAACUUAUGUUGAAAAGCCUAACUGCAUCAUACUUGCAAUAUCUCCUGCCAAUCAAGACAUAGCAACAUCAGAUGCUAUCAAACUUGCAAGGGAAGUGGAUCCCACUGGGGAAAGGACCUUUGGUGUUUUGACAAAGCUAGAUUUGAUGGAUAAAGGAACUAAUGCGCUGGAUGUUCUUGAAGGGAGAUCAUAUCGCUUACAGCAUCCUUGGGUUGGAAUUGUGAAUCGUUCACAAGCUGAUAUCAACAAAAAUGUUGAUAUGGUGGUUGCUCGGCGAAAGGAGCGAGAGUACUUUUCUACAAGUCCUGACUAUGGGCACUUAGAGAGUAAAAUGGGUUCAGAAUAUCUUGCUAAACUCCUCUCCAGGCACCUGGAGUCUGUAAUCAAGGCAAGAAUACCGAGUAUCACAUCAUUGAUUAACAAAAAUAUCAGUGACCUUGAAUCUGAAAUGGACCACCUUGGCAGGCCUAUUGCUGUUGAUGCAGGAGCCCAACUCUACACUAUCUUGGAACUCUGUCGUGCCUUUGAUAAGAUAUUUAAGGAGCAUCUGGAUGGAGGUCGACCUGGAGGUGACCGGAUCUAUGGAGUAUUUGAUAACCAGCUACCUGCUGCUAUGAGGAAGCUUCCAUUUGAUCACCAUCUUUCCCUGCAGAAUGUGAGACGAAUUGUUUCAGAAGCAGAUGGUUACCAACCUCACUUGAUCGCACCAGAGCAAGGUUAUCGACGACUAAUUGAUGGUGCAUUAAACUAUUUUAGAGGCCCAGCUGAAGCUUCAGUCGAUGCUGUUCACUUUGUUCUGAAGGAACUUGUAAGGAAGUCAAUUGGAGAAACUAAGGAGCUGAGGCGGUUUCCCACUCUGCAAGCUGAAAUAGCUGCUGCUGCUGGUGCAGCCCUGGAAAAGUUUCGGGAGGAGAGUAGGAAGACAGUCAUAAGACUGGUGGACAUGGAAUCUUCAUACCUGACGGUUGAUUUCUUCAGGAGACUGCCCCAAGAGGUGGAAAAGGGAGGAAAUCCAGCUGUUGCCCCUACUGUGGAUCGCUACACGGAGGGGCAUUUCAGGAGGAUAGCAUUGAAUGUGUCUUCUUAUAUCAGUAUGGUGGCUGAGACGCUCAAGAUCACCCUUCCAAAGGCGGUGGUUUAUUGUCAGGUUCGGGAGGCCAAACAAUCAUUACUCAAUUAUUUCUACACGCAGAUUGGCAAGAAAGAGGGUAAACAGCUUGCGCAGCUGCUAGACGAAGAUCCGGCGUUGAUGGAGAGGCGGCAGCAGUGCGCGAAAAGGCUCGAACUGUACAGGGCAGCAAGGGAUGAGAUCGAUUCUGUGUCCUGGGCCCGAUGAAAUUGGCAAAACAUAUCAAGAACAAGAAGAAAAAGUAGUAGGUAGCAGAAGAAGAAAAUGGAUUGUGUGUAGAAUCCAUCUUCCUGUGGGUUCACCAGUAGUAAUAUGAACGUUUUGCAGUGUUGAUGUUGAGUGUGAGUGGACAACUGAAAUUCUUUUAUGCGUUUCCUAGUUCUCUUCCGGCGUUUCUUCUGUCGACUACUUUUUUAUAAUUUGCUCUGUAAAAAUGUGUAAAUUCUGCUUC